AUGCAUGCCGUGUUCGAUACAUUUCUUUGGGUUCAGUUGCAGCGCUUGGACCAGCUCGUGGGAGAUGGGCGAGCAAUGGCCGACGGCUGUGGCGCUGUUGAGCGAGGUGUGGGAGGCGAAGCAGCUGGAGCCCGAAGCCUCAGCUACAGCGCUGGGAUCAGCGCGUGUGAGAAAGGCAGGCAUUGGCAGCGGGCUCUGUCGCUGCUGAGCGAGAUGUGGGAAGCGAAGCUGGUUCCCAAUUUCACCAGCUACAGCGCUGGGAUUCCGGCUUGCGAUAGAUGCGGGCAAUGGCAACAGGCGAUUUGGUUGCUCAAGGAGACGUGGACGCAAAUGUUGGGUCCAAUGUCGGUAGCUUCAUUGACGCCAGAAUCAUCGCGAUACGCGGGUAAAUGCAGAACAAACUCAAUUUUGAGGUCAACGAGUUCGGGAAAGCUACACUUUCCCAGCUACGCUCGGACCAGCGCGCGCGAGAUGGGCGAGCAAUAG